AUGACAACGAACUUUGCACACAGUACGUAUGGAUUUGAUAAUAUUGCUGAUUUAGCAUUCCAACACUUCACGAAUUUAGUCAAUGUUUCAUUUAAUGACGCCUUAUUGAAAAUAGGUAAUGAUGUAUUCUUUCAAACAAAAGUUGAAAAUGUCUAUUUACCAUCUUCGCUUCAGGAAGUUUCUCCUCUUCAAUCAUUCGAUGUUCUUUAUACUAUAAAGAGUAUUAAAGUAUCCGAUUUAAAUCGAAAUUUCAAAGAUAUCGAUGGAGUUUUGUUUUCAAAAGAUCAGACCAUUUUGUAUUAUUGGCCUCCAAACCGAAACGAGAAAUACAUUGUAGUUCCUAAUGGCGUUGAACUUAUUUGGAUUGCUGCAUUUGCAUUUAAUAGCAUCACGAAAUAUGUCAGAUUUCCACCAACAGUUCGCACGAUUCAAAACUAUUUCUUUACUGUAUGUAAUGCUAUUGAAUACAUUGAAAUCCAGAAUCAUGAAUCUAGAGUUUAUAUCAAUCCUGAUAAUUUGUUUCGAGAUUCACCUGCAGAUCGAUCGAUCAUCCAUUUCAUCCCAAUCAGUCCAUGCAACACUUGCUUAUUCAAAUUAUCCAUUCUGAACUAUUAUACUACUUUAUUUUGCUUUCUUCUUGUUUCUUAA